GUUGCUUCGAACGAGGAGCUCACAUCUCGUUGUCCGGGCGAGCUGCCGCAUCCUUUACCUGUCUUGCCCAGAAGAUUGAGGCAAAAAAAAAUGACACGAGUUCACGUAAUUCCCCUUCAGCGCGCACCACCCUCCUCGCCUAAAAUCAUCGAGUGGCGCUUCGAUCCCUCUCUCGAAUCCGAGAUCACCACCCUGGCAGCGUGGUGUCAGAUAAACCAACCGCAGCGGGAGCCGCUUCAGGACACGACAGACUCGGAAUUACUCGGCGAUGAAUUUGACGAACACGACGAUGGUGACGCCGACGGAACCAACUGCCUCGCCCAGCUGUCACUGGAUGAGGAUGACGGACGGACAAGGGAUUUUCUCGAUCGACUCGCCGAGCUUCUAUGCUGCAAGAAGGACCCCAAACUGAUCACGAGCACCGGGAUGGUGUAUGAUGAUGAGCACGUCAUCAUCGUAGCGUCUCGGAACUGGUCGCCGAAAAAGACGUGGUCGAAAAGUGAUAUCGAUAUGCUGGAAUCUCUAGCACACCUCCUCGAACGGGUGUCUUCUGACGACGUGUUCAAAACCCAUCCGAUCCCCGAGCUCCAAAAGGCCCUGGUCGACUACUACAAGGCUCGCAUUUUUCACCACGCCAGGGAACUCGUACGAAUCGAGGCUGGGAAGACGGGGAUGAACUUUUUCACCAAGAAUUGUGUGGACGUCGUAUCUGGCCGCUUGCCCGUUUGGGACUUUGUGUCGAUGGUGCAUGACGAUAUAUCACAUAGCACCGACUUCUACUCAAGGUUGAAGGCCUGCCUGACGGAAAGGAAGCUCCAGAUGAUCGUCCAAGAGCUGGGGUUCAUUCGUCGGCCGAUGCAAGGCGCCGGGGCUUUUCUAAGCCUCGCGCAGCUGCAGACCGGCUUCCGCAGCGUCAAGAUCGUCCUAUUGGAGAGCACAGCACCCCGCCACGUUGAAAUCCGGCAGUGGCCCGGCGGCGAGCUUCGGCUCAAGCAGACUCAGAGGCAGCGCUUGCAUGCCCAGGCCCAGAUGCCAAAGUACGUCCACGCCGAGAUGACCUUGAUGACAUACCUCCUGGGCCCCACUGAUGGACUGGGCCGCGACCUGCAAGUCUUCCCGUACCUGGGGGUGAGCAAGAAGACGUGCCUCUUGUGCGGCCAUAUGAUCAAGGAGGUGGGACGAUUCACCGCCCGCGGAAACCAUGGAAAGAUCUACUCUCAAUGGACGUUACCUUCCCCUAUGUGGAUCGAGAGUAGGGCUGAGCAAAGUCUGGAUGAAGCGGUUCGACAGCUGAGACGCGUCGUCGUGGGAGAAGCGGCCAAGGAAGACCUGCCGGCUAGGGACAUGGAGAAAGAAUCGGUGAUGGCAGCCCCGGCUAAGCCCAGACCGGGACCUUAUAGAACGCUGUUCAAUAGUUAUGUCAGUGACCCCAGAUCGCUCUCCAGGGAAGCAGAUUGGUGGUCUCGAAUACACCACCAGCGAGGUGACGAGAGCAGUGCCGAUGAUGAUGAGCCUAGAGGCCACCCGUCGGGGACGGCUGAUGAAGACAAGCUGGAGAGACUAGGCAGUAAUGAGCCUGAAGCCCCACCAGCACCACUAUGUACACUCUGCAAGGAAGCGUGCAAGCCGGGAAAUGCCUGCACUAAAUGUGGAAACGCUCUUUACUGCAGCGUCGACUGCCGUAACUCCGACUGGAUCAGGCACAAGUACGCGUGCAGCCUGGGAAGACCACUCGACGCAACAGAUGACUUGAUGCGCUGCUGCCAUGCCGACGACUACCUCGAGCUGGACCAAGACGCCAGCAAAGAGUUUGGCUUCAUGUGCCUUGGCCGCGCACCGGACAGGCUAUUUCUGUUCGAGAUCUACCGCACGCUCAUCGUUGACUUGGGAGUGGAGGAAGAGGAGCUACGCGAAGCAGUCCGGCUGGAUAAGCUCAAAGAGAUGCUAAUCCGUCGAUGUAGACAAACCAACGACGCCAAGAUGAUCAACUUUGCAAAGUGGUUGGAAAGCAAGGAAGGCUUCCGCGCCAACGGCGACGGGCCGGGCAUCCAGUCAAUGCUAGACGCCGCUCAAGAGAAGCUGCUAGGCCCCGAGGACAGGAAGGUUCCGCUGAUCGACCUCGAGCCGGCCGAGAAGCGAAACGCGGUCGUUUUCUAUACCCAAAUCCUCAAUGGGUUCCAACCGGCCGCCGACGAGGACAACUGGAUCGACCUCGGGUUCUGCGCAGCGACGGAUUCCAGCGCGGAGCUGCGCCUCUACCAGGCAUACGCGGCGCUUGUGGAGGCAUGUACGUUUGACGAGUUCUGGCGCGCAGUGGCCGACUGCAGCAUGGUGGCGCUCUUCCAAAAACACGGGCUGCAUGAGCGCAUCUCCGGCAUGAGAGCCUUUGAGGUCCUGAUGGCCACCCCGUACACGCACAGCGUAUGGCACCUGAAGCGCUUCACCCGUGUAAACGACCCACAACCUCACCGUGCCGUGACGGUAGACUACGGCUUUUACAAGUGCGAGAGCGUGCACGAACGGAUGCGGCUCAAGGACACAUACCGCACCUUGUUCGAGCGCGGGGUGGACGGGCUGGAGCUCCACGAAGCCUGCAUAUCUGGAAACCUGGCUGGGUUCGUCGAGUCCGCCCUCGGCGAUAUGCCCAUCCCCAGGCGCCUUGUUCAGAAUCCGUACCCUUUGGAGGAUUGUCCUCAUGCGGGAAUGACGGCAGGUGCUGUGGUGAGCGUGCCGGCCUCUCAGAUGGGUGCCUAUUUGAAUCGGUCUGAGCGGCCAAAGAAUGCCAUGCUGUGCCCCAUUCCGGAUGAUUGCGACGACGAGUUGAGAAAAAUCCUCCAUGAUAACGCUGUAUUCAGAGGGGCGCAGUUGCGAAAACGGUAUACCAUUGUUGAUGGCCAACUUUUUCAGGAGUUGUCACUAAUGGAAGGGUAAAAGAGGAAAACAGGCCAGGCACCCCACCUCUGAUGAGUAGGAGGGGACAUCAAAGUCAGGGCAUAGAGGAUGAAACAGAUUGGAUUCAAACGUUGCUCGUUCAGUAGAGGGCAGGGUAUAGUGCUUACAGCAGCUUUUACGAAAAUCCAGCGCAAAUUGUGACCAAAGGUAUCCAUAUUACACAGAUCAGACACAGAAAUACCGCACGCCAUAUGCUAUGAAAGCCCAAACAAAACCAGUUAGCAAUCGACUGCCGGCCGUAGAUAUCUCAACUGACAAAGUUCCCAGUCCCUUCCUGCUUGAACAGCCAGUCCCGGUUGACGUCCAUUAUGAAAUCCGUAAUGUUGAACUCGUUGCUCGGCACGACGGCCGCGCCGUCCACACCUUCACCGCCAUCACCCUCACCAUUACCGUUACCGUUCCCGUUUCCGUUUCCAUUCAAAUUGCCAUCUCCCGGCGCACCGGGCGGCAGCCUUGGAUAGUUGAAAAAGUCAAACACAUCAAGGUACUCUAGCUCGUUGGGCUGCGGCGUCCGCGCGGGCGUGAUGCUGGGGUAUCUGCUGCCAAAGCCUUGAGCUGUCGACGCUGCCCCUACGGGGGCCACAAUCGCAGCAGUGCCACCACCUCCACCUCCACCAGCUGCUGCUACUUGUGGAUGGGGCUGUCUGCUGAUCAAAAAGUCGAGAUCGAACGCCGUCCGGCGCAUAUCGGCCAGGAUCUUGACGCUACUCGGCGUGAAGCCCACGUCCCCGUGCCUCGCACUGUCGUGGUACUCGUCCAACACUCUCUGCAGCAGCUCGCAGUAUCGUCUCGCCACCGGCCAGUACCUGCCCAUCUCCUUGAGGGCGUCGACAAAGAAACCAAUCUGCGUGCUGACUUUGUGUUCGACCGUGGAGCCGUGGACCAGCAAAACCCGUGCGGCAACCCACAGUGUAAAGGCGAAUGGCGGACCCAGCUUGGGCAGGAGGUUGUUGGUCAGCACAAACUCGCCCAGCGCUGCUAUAUUCUCCACGGCAGAGUGGCAACGCUGCGAUGCCGAGUAUGACGGGGUGAAAAUCGGCGAUCUUGUGGUUGGGUAUGCCGCAGACGAGUGUAGCCGGAUUGUUGCCGUGUGAUAGGUGGCAUGCAACAUGACCCAGCCGCAGUUGAGCGUUUUUGCGCUUCCGGGCUGAAACAGCUUAGCCAUGCUGCAGUACUCUCCGGGCAGGUUGAACUUCCAGUUCGUCAAGGUAUUAUCCAACUCCUUGUAUCGCAUUUGCCAUUCCUCGACGUCGCUGAGCGCUGAAAUGUCCACAGGAUGCUUGAGGAAUUUAUGGAUUUGAGACAGGAUCGUGACAAUCUCAAUGUAAUAGCUAAAAGCACCAAGAUUCUCGGGCUUGUUGAUCUCGUAGUCGUGACUUGUCGAUUCUUCAUGUUGUGGAUUGGUCCCCUUGGUACGAAACCUUUUCGUUUCGACUUUCUGGUUCUUAGUCCAGAGAUCGUCGCGACAUGGAAGUGUCCGAUCAAUCUCUUUAUCGUCGAGCGCAAAGUCAAAAGCCGUCGAGAUGGUUGCGUACCGAUCGAGUAGGUACACCAUCCAGAAAAGCCUCCGCCUAGACUCUUCCUCUAUAAAGUCUCUCGGCUCCGGCAGUAUCAUGGCUCGUAAAGUGUAG